UUCCGACAGAUGGCGCUGCGCAUAAGGACCGUUUCCCAAAAUGGCUCCCCAUAUUGAAUCCAUAGACGUAUCCACGUUCAAAAAUAACUCGGAAUAAAUAGCUAUUUACAUUCACUGUCCUCAAAUAAUUUUCUAAUUUAUUUCUCUUCAAGUUAUAAUUUGGACAGUCUCAUAAUUUGGAUCAGACCUCAUGGACAUGGUCCCCUACACCUUGUGGUCGUGCUUCUAGUCAAUUUUUCUUUUGCAAACCAUUGCUUAUUAUAUAUAAAUUCUUUCACAUGUUGUUAUUGUGACUAUUGGUGCUGACGACGACUGGCACAACUGCUCUAAUCAAUUCAGAAUUUAUUUUGCGUACGUUGUUUCUAACCUGAGAAACCACUGUUUAUAACGUGAAGGUUUUUCCGGUUGAGAAGAAAAUCUCAAGUCAAACAGUCCGGAGAAUUAUGGAAGAAAAGUCAGAGUUGAUGGUGGCUCUCGCCGGGAAAAUUUCGAGUGGUCAUGAACUGAUGAAAAAAUUAAAAGCCCAGGAGGAUGUCCGUGGGGUCGGCAAACUAAUACGGAAAAUUAAUCAAGAAAUACGAUUUCUCGAAAAGGUUCGUUCUACAGACAGUGUAAAAAGGGAGCACCUCCAAAGUACCAAUUUAAUUCACCUGAAUGCCCUAGUGGAGCGAUUAUUAUCUUCGAAAAAUCCGACUGAGGUCCUGAAACCGUUCAAACUCCCCGACUCAGACUCUCGUUUAACUGUUGACAUUAUUUGCAAUGGUGGAGCGGCUUGGAUCAAAGUCAUUGCCAGGAACGCUCGGGCGUUGACUCUGAUAUCCCUCGGAAAUGGAGAAUAUGGACAGAAAUCGGUGUUGGAUCAAGCUGAGAUUUACUUAAAAUGCGCAACUAUGUAUCCCCAUCAUUAUAAAUCACCGGAGAUAAUUUUUCAUUUUGCCUACGGGAUAGAGACAUCACUGUCUUCGCAAUUGGAGGAACUGGGAGUUUCCGUUGAGGGAGAGAAAAUUGAAUGUGGAGAGAGUUCUUCAGAGGCUCCAAGACUAGAAGAAUCCGAAGAUGGAAUAAACUCACUGGAUCUAACCAGAGAAAGCGAUCAGUCAGAAAAUUCUGCUGUUACAUUACAGUUACCAACAGAAUUAAAAAUUCUACGUCCUUCUCCGAGCAAUGUGCCAUCAAAUGCAGCUGAAACUUUGAAUCUGGACGUCUCCACACUCCUCGCAUACGUCAGUAAUAUGACCAAUGGAUAUGCCAAUUUCGUAUAUUUGGAAUCUUUGUUGACUCUUCAGGCGGAGUGGGAGAGAGAGAGACCACUGAAGCCUUUUUUAGAUGAACUAUUCCACGGGAAAUCACUGAAAGUUUGCAGAACGGCGUACAAAAAUUUCAUGGAUAUCAUCAAUAUAAUCGGUGGACGCCAAGAGACCGCGAGGACCCAUGAGCUAAUGAAAAAUGUCGAUAUAGUUGAGGAUGCGACUGAAGGGAGGAUUUUGAAGCUGGCUAUUGGGGGAAAGAUAAAACUACGAUCAAGAUUGGUUUUUGCUAGUGGUGAGAGCACCAAGAGUGUCACGGUUUCCGCCAAUGAGGGCUUCGUGAGGGCUGCCAGAAUGCAGGGAAUUGAAUGCACAGCAAUACUCCAUGAACCUAGAUCGCUGUCUGAACUGAAAGAGAAAUAUGCAACACGAAUCGAUUCUUGAUUCAGGUGUAAAAAUGUGUUACUUAGAUUGAUAAGUUAUGUCUUUAUUCUCAAACUACUGAGUGUAAAUACUGAUUGUAAAUACAAAUAUUUAUAAUUUA